GAAGAAGAGAAGGAGGCGUGGCAAGCCCAGUGAGAUAGUGAUGUUCUCAGCAGGUGCCAACAAGUGAGCGGCAGCUCGGAGUGGAGAUGAAGAGGCACUAACCGCAGAAGACAUCCACAAGGAGAGUUCGGUGCACUACAGUCAGCUAGUCUCUUGCAGCUACAGUAUUUUCUGUUGGCGUGUUCAUCACUUGUGCUGCCAUGCUGCUUUGUCCUGUACUGCUUGGGGUCACUCUGCUCCUCAUGGCCCCCUUGGACACCGGAGAGGCUCGCACUCUGCACACUCCUGAUAGUGCACAGUUAAUGGAGCAGCUUCUGGACCGCUACAACGACCUUUUGACCAUGGAUGAUCUGGAGAACCUCUUGAACAGCCCGGCAGAGGAGCAGUCCACAUUAUCCUCUGGCGCCAAAGCCUCUGAGUUUUCCACCAAAUGGGCUGACGUCCAGGCAGAAACACCCUGGCUCCGCCUUCUCAGAGAGGCUCUGGCCAAUCAGAAGCGCGUGGAACCUGAGCAGCGCUCACGGAGGGGAUGGAAUCGAGGUUGCUUUGGCCUUAAAUUGGACCGGAUCGGGUCUAUGAGUGGAUUGGGGUGUUAGUUGAAAUGUGCAGAGGAACAGACUGCUAUCACCGUGUUGGAUGCUGGAUGGUAAAAGGAUGUUUACAUGUUGCCAUGGUGUCAUCACGCUAGUAGAAACCUUUAGUCGCCGUUUAUAUUAGAGCAGCUGUAGAUUCUGCCAUGUGUUGUGAGUAUUGUCACCAUGCAGCAUCUUGUUGUACAACUUUAGUUUGAAAUUGUAGCUUUAGUCUGCUAAUUGGAUCAAAUGUUAAAGUUGUGUAAUAAAACCUACUAGAUUGGUGACAAACAUGUACACAUUUCCUUUUUAUUUCAUUAUGAUUUGCAUGAAUAAACAGAUUAGACAUUU